AUGGCUCCCCCUCCUCGCCUACGCAUUUUGUCCGUCGGCGGUAAUGCGAUUUCGGCUUUUCUUUCAUGGCGAUUGCAAGCGACAACUUCCUGCGACGUAACGUUAGUGUGGAAGAAUGGCUUCGAAGCUGUCUCUCAAUAUGGCGUCUCAUUCAAAUCUAAGGUCUUUGGUAAUGAGCGCUUCAAGCCCCGUCACGUUGUGCGUACCCCGGAAGAAGCCUCUUCUCGCGAGAAUGCAUACGACUAUGUGAUCCUUUGCGUGAAAGCGCUCCCGGACGUUUACGAUCUUGCCUCUGUCAUCGAAUCCGUCGUCACCCCCCAGCAUACGUGCAUCCUCCUGAACACUACCAACACCAUUGGUAUCGAAUCACAUCUUGAGCAGCGAUUCCCGAGCAACGUCGUUCUCUCCCUUGUCUCCAAUCUGGAAAUUACACAAACGGGCCCGGCCGAGUUCGAACACCUGAGCUCAACGGAAAUUCACGUGGGUGCAACCAACAGCUCAUCCUCCGUCCCGGCAUCAAUUCAGAAAGAUAUGGCUGCCGCGCUCUCGAUGACUCUGUCUUCCGGUCAAGUGGACUGCAAGGUAUCGCCGAACAUUCGGCAGGAGCAGUUCGAUCGCAUGACUGGCCCUAUCGCCUUCCAUCCAACAAGUGUCGUGUUUGAUACGGGAAACCAUGCCCAGCUGCUGGAGAAAGUCGGAGUCCGUCAAUUGAUCACUGGGCUCAUUAACGAGCUAGUCGAACUCGCUACCGCGAACGGUUGUUCUUUCCCUAGCGACUUCUGUGACAAAACUAUCGAAAAAAUGACGGCCGCUGAAGGCCACAGCACUAUGUUCCAGGAUUUCCAGCUCCGUCGUCCGAUGGAGAUUGAGACUUACCUGGCCUCGCCAAUCAAGCUUGCCGCUGAAUCGAACGUGUCCGUGCCUCGUCUCGAAACCCUGUAUACUAUGAUUCAUCACGUCAACGCCGUGAAUCAAACCAAGCCAAAAGAUUCUCCCCCCGCGUCGGUCAUCGGCCACCCUCCCCCACGAAUGUCCUCAGUACCACCCCAGCGACCGCCAAUGAUGAACGGCGGAAUGCGAGGAGGCCGUGCAAACUCGAGCGUUGGAGUUCCUCAAAGCAGAAGAGGCCCACCACCGGGUAUGAUACGGGGGCCACCAGGUGGCCCCAUGGGCCCCAUGGGCCCUAUGGGCCCUAUGGGGCCUGGCCCGCGUGGUGUUCCGCGCGACAAUUCCCUGGAGGGAUUGGAAGAAUUCAGCCACUUGGUGGUGUACGAUGGCGAUGAAGGCGGCCUGCCACAUGCGAACGGAGGCGGAAUGGCCGAUACAGUCCACAUAGGACCGUCUGAGAUAGCUCUCAAAGAGCGUGAGCUGGCCCUGCGACAACGCGAAUUGCAAGUGCGAGAACAAGAGAUGGGAAUGCGCCGUGGCCCAGGCCUCGGCCCCAGACCCGGCCCUGGACCUGGUAGACGUGGCCCCCCACCACCUCGACCACCUGCGUCUGCAUUUGGCGAGGAGGAUGAUGAUUACUAUGAUCCUAUGGAUAAUAUGCAGAUUCCUCACAUCGACCCGGAUAGCGUUGACAUGAUGAGCCUUACCUCGCGACGCGCUCGGAAGGCUCCGAGUCACAGCCAAAUGCAGCUUCGCAAAAACCCGGAGCUUGCAGGUGGUCCACCACCGCAAAGUCGACCCGGUUCCUCUGCCUUCGGCCGCUAUUUCGGCGGUGGUCGCAACAAGCGAACGAGUGACCGAGUGAUGAUGGAGAUCCCCGGACUCCACGACUCGCUCAUGGACCACCCCAUGAUGAGCUAUUCAUCCAACCGAUUUGGAGCCGUUGACCGAAACCAGAUGCACGUCGACUCGCGCGCCAAUUCCAUGACCGCGAGUCAAAUGGGGGACUUCCCGCCCCGUCCGUUCCCUAACAGCCGGCGAAACAGUCAAUCCCCAGCAGCACCGUUUCCCGGUCCUCCUGGGGGCCCAUCCCGCAUGGAUCGGCCCAUGACCGCCUACGACCAAGCUCCCGGACCCCCUGGUGGAACUCCUCACAACGGCCAUCCGUCGUCACCUGGUAACAUGCGGACCCCGGUGCCCCGGAAUCCGUCAGGACACGGCCCGGUUGGACCCCAACAGAUUGAGCAACACUAUGGGGUGAGCAAAUCAUUCCCCGCCAAAGGCCCUCCCAAGAAUAAGAGUCUGACUGGAAGUGCGAGCGCCAGCGCUGAGAGCGGUGACAGUGGGGCUAGCGCCAACCUGGACUCGGCUCACAGUAGCCAGAUCAGCCUUGGUGAUCACCAGCAGCACAUCGCUGCCGCCGUUCAGUAG